GCCUUGACCACCUAAUAGUUUCGACGUAUGUUGGUCCUUGAAGGAGGGAGUGUUUACAUCGACGUCACAUCAUUUUUGCCAACAAGGCCGACUCCUGAUUCAUCUGCAUCAUGUUUCACGGAAUUCCAGGCACAGGAGGAGUUGGAGGAGCUCCUGCUAAUAAACCUGAGUUGUACGAGGAAGUGAAACUUUACAAAAAUGCAAGGGAACGAGAGAAGUACGACAAUAUGGCCGAGUUGUUUGCUGUUGUAAAGACCUUGCAGGCCCUGGAAAAGGCCUACAUAAAAGACUGCGUUACACCUAAUGAGUACACAGCUUCCUGCUCCAGACUCCUGGUUCAGUAUAAAGCUGCAUUCAAGCAGGUGCAGGGCGCAGAUGUUGGCUCCAUCGAUGACUUCUGCAGGAAAUACAGACUUGAUUGCCCACUAGCGAUGGAGAGGAUUAAGGAGGAUCGGCCAAUCACCAUCAAGGAUGACAAGGGCAACCUGAACCGCUGCAUUGCAGACAUCGUUUCUCUCUUCAUCACUGUGAUGGACAAGCUAAGACUGGAGAUUAGAGCCAUGGAUGAGAUCCAACCAGACCUGAGAGAGCUGAUGGAAACCAUGAACAGAAUGAGCAACAUGCCUCCAGACUCUGAGGCGAAGGACAAAGUUAAUCUCUGGCUGACCACCCUCAGCAGCAUGUCGGCCUCAGAUGAGCUGGAUGACAAUCAGGUUCGUCAGAUGCUGUUCGAUCUGGAGUCAGCUUACAACGCCUUUAACCGCUUCCUCCACUCUUCCUAGAGCUUCUGUCCGUCAUCGAAACAUCUGUGUGGAACUCUAAAAAUAAAACGCUACUCUCCCUAUUGUUCUUGCGGGGAGUAGAUUCAUGUUUGGACCAUUUUCAGUCUCACAUCUGAUAUUUUUUCAUUUCUCUUUUCUGUACAUUGCGUUUUAGUUUUCUUCUAUUCAGAUUGUGUACAGUUGAGACUCUGCUGCCUUGUAUAACUCUGUUGUUUCUGGUUCAUCAUGCCGAUUACAGCCUUGUUCUGUGGGUUUGUCCGAUGCUGUAAGCUGCUCCCUCAGCCUUUUUUAAUACUCGGGAUGUGUGAGGAAUCUUUUUGGCUCUGUCUUCUGGGUUUGACAGAAAUGUCGUCUUUUAAAUUUUUACUGUAAGAUCCAACAAGUUCUAAUUUUAUAGCUAAAUUUAAGAAGAGUACCACCAAAAAAGCAUUUUAAGGAAGAGAAUAGAAGGCUUCAGCAGCCAAAGUCUUUGUUUCUUUAGCCGAAUCCCUAAUGUGUCACUUUUGUCUGUCGGUUGUGUUUCAUAUCACUCUGGUUUUAGGUGUAAAUAGAGCGAAAAGCACAGGCCGAGACUGAAUAAUUUAGGUUUCAUUAUACCCGAUUGGACUACACUCUUAGUUGUGAUAUUAAUGCUGAGGUGGAGGAGAGGUUUGCUACAUGUUUUAUUCCUGCUGUGCUUUGUUAACACGUCUAAUCUCUUUUUUCUUUAUGAACGAGGGCUUCAUCACAUUACAAGUAAGCAGAACUGAGGUUGAUAGACUUGUAAAAUGUGUUACAACCUUCAAACAUCAUUAGGAAGAACAUAUUUAUUCAGAUUUAUCAUUGUAAAUAAUAGUGUUGAUUUUUGAAUAAAAGCAUGUAAAAGCUUUUUAGAAAUAAAUGACAAAUAAAUGUUUUUGUUGAAAAAA